AGUAGCAUGUAUAUGACAUGCUAACUAAUCAGUAGCAUGUAUAUGACAUGCUAACUAAUCAGUAGCAUGUAUAUGACAUGCUAACUAAUCAGUAGCAUGUAUAUGACAUGCUAACUAAUCAGUAGCAUGUAUAUGACAUGCUAACUAAUCAGUAGCAUGUAUAUGACAUGCUAACUGAUCAGUAGCAUGUAUGUCAGAUGCAAAUCAGUCUUACUUUGGAGAGAAUAAAGGUGUGAGCACCUGACACAAAGUUGUCCUUGCUGAAGCUUUGUAAUGGACCAGUGGAAAGAUGCUAAGGGAAGGUGAAAAGCUGCAAAUCCCGUCCUGGAACUUCCCUGAGGCGCUGGUUCCGAGAGAAGCAGCUGAGCUCCAAGAAGGUCCACUUUGUUGGUUCUGUCCUGUUCUGCUGACAGCCUUCUUCUUGCAGUGUUCCACUCCCUUGAACUUCGUGGUGAGGUACAAACCAGACGAGCAGCCCCUGCUCGAGCCUCACCAUGACGCCUCCACAUUCACUAUAAACAUUGCUCUCAACAGCAAAGAGGUUGACUACCAGGCUGACUUUGACCUGGCCUUUGUAGUUAGAUACAAGCCAGACGAGCAGCCAUUUUUGCGGCCACAUCACGACGCCUCCACAUUCACUAUAAACAUUGCACUCAAUGAGCGGGGCCUCCAUUACCAGGGUGGCGGAUGCAACUUCCUGCGUUACGACUGUGCCAUCGAUGCCCCGCGUAAAGGCUGGGCCCUCAUGCACCCGGGCCGCCUCACACACUACCAUGAGGGCCUGCCCACCACCGCCGGGGUCCGCUACAUCGCCGUGUCAUUUGUGGACCCCUGAGACACACACACACACACACACACACACACACACACACACACACACACACACACACACACACACACACACACACACACACACACACACACACACACAGACAGCAUGUUUUCCAAAAACAUGACAAGUGUUGACUUCUUCUUCUUCUUCUUCUCUCCUUUCAAAUGUUGCCCCUGUCUCUUUAAGAGAGCCGCUGGGCAAUGUGUGAACGAACCUGCUUUUUUUUUAACACAAAAGGGAACUGUAGCAAAGUAAAUGGCUUUUAAAAAUAAUGUCGUACUGUCAAAUAUUUAUUUUUUCAUACAAAGUGUGACUGAAAACAAGUCCUAUGCCUAAUAUUUCCUAGGUUUUGUACCUGAAGUUUUCUGAAAUACUGUUUUGUCAAACCUCAGUUCUUCUUGUGCCUUAAGUGUAAAAGCCAUGAUCAGCCCAAUAAACACUUGUCCUGUCAACACUU